GAAAGGGGGUCGAGUGAUACCUUAUUUUAAAGGUCUUUCAAUUCCCUUUAGGGUAAAUCGAGGUUAUAUGGCCAUAGAGGAGAGAUGGCCCAACUCGAUAUUUUCCUAAAUAGUUAUUAGAGGGCGUUUUUUUCAAUAAGGCGUAAUGUACUGUUGUGUGAUCGUGCUAUACUAGAAACUCUGAGUCAAUUUACUAAGUUUAAAGAUGCCAAAUAUUUAUAAAAGAAAAUCAUUGGAGAGGGCCAAAUGGACCGAGGAGCAACUGAAAUCUGCAAUGAGUACUGUUAAAGAUGAGGGAUUAUCUGUACGUCAGGCUGGAAAAGCUUACGGUAUUCCGAGAAAGACAUUGGAAAGGCAAAAGAAUGAAGACCAUAAGAAAAAAUUGGGUCCAGAUACUACUUUCGGAGCUGCAUAUGAAAACAGACUGGUUCGGCAUAUUAAAGAAAUGCAAAAAGUGGAUCUCCACUUACUAGAGAUGAUUUGCUAACCAUAGCUUAUAAAUUUGCUGUUCAGCUGGGCUUAAAACAUAAAUUUAAUAAUCGGCUUCAGAAAGCUGGUUAAGUUUGGCUGCAUUCAUUUCUCACCAGAGAUCCACAAAUAUCAGUUAGAAAAGCAGAAAGUUUGUCGUUGACGAGGUGCACAGCAAUGUCUAGAAAGGUAGUAGUUGAUAACUUUAAAGUACUGCCGAGUGUUCUGGAAGAAAACAAUAUCUUGAUAAACCCGAAAAAUAUUUUUAAUA